UUUGUGUUUUUAAAUUUGCGUAUAGUUGAUGUGUGCGAGCGAGAGGGAGAUGGAGAGUCCGGGCGAGGAAGCGGGACGGAGCGCCGCCCCCGCCACGAACGGGUCCAAUAAGAUCAUCGGUCGCAACGUGAAUGGAACCAUGGUGGUGACAUCCCGACCAUCCAACGAGGCAGAGCUGCAACUGUAUCGCGUCAUGCAGCGUGCCAGUCUACUUGCGUACUACGACACGCUACUCGAAAUGGGCGGUGACGAUGUCCAACAACUAUGCGACGCCGGCGAAGAAGAGUUCCUCGAGAUCAUGGCCCUCGUCGGCAUGGCGUCCAAGCCGCUCCACGUGCGCCGCCUGCAGAAGGCCCUGCAGGAGUGGGUCAACAACCCCGCGCUCUUCCAGAUCCCCAUAGUGCCCCUCUGCCCCACCGAGAACCCCUUCGUCUGCAACCAAAGAUUACUCAACAUGCCCACGCUACCUAGUCUCCCCCGCACAGUCAGCUCCCCAGAAAGCAGGCCAAUGUACAGCCCUUCCCCUGGCGCCCCAGAAAACAGCUGCGGCAGCACAGCUUCCCAACCUAAUGCUAGUCCUGUCCAUAAUAAUUUUACAAAAAGUCUACCGUCCUCCCCUGCAGCAGCCCCUGUCACAACCACCGCUUCCAGAAGUUUCUCCCCUCAAUCCGCCUGCCCUCCUUCAGCAGGCUCUAGUCCAAGCUCAGUAACAUCCCCAGUCCAGUUAACCCCAGUGUUAUUAGACGUCCAUGUUCAAAAAUUAGCGGCCGCGGCGGAGAAGUUAAGCAAGCAUUUGCCGCAGCUAGAACCAAAGCCUCAGAACACGAAGAAGAAGAUGUGCAAAGACUUGGAGCUGGUGAUGAUGAUGCCGGAAGCGGAUCCGAGAAGGAUGGAGGAGAUUAGGAAGUACGCGGCGAUAUACGGCAGGUUCGACUGCAAGAGGAAACCGGAGAAGCCUUUAACGCUGCAUGAGGUGAUGGUAAACGAAGCAGCGGCACAAAUGUGUCGAUGCGUCCCCGCGUUGCUGACACGCCGCGAUGAGUUGUUCCCUCUAGCACGGCAACUAGUACGGAGAGCUGGCCUCCAUUACUCUAAGCACGGCCUUCCCCCUACGGCAGCCGGUAACGAGGAGGCCGAAGAUGACGCGACUGCGGCUAAGCGACCCCGCCAGGAUGGCGAGGACGGCAACGGCAUCCGCGCCAGUCCUGACGCUGCUCGGAGCAACUCCAAUCACAGUUGGUGGGGCGUGAAGGCGGAGAGCGACGACGCAGAUUCAAGGUGUUCUUACUCCAGCACCAGCACUCCACCACCGAUAAAUGACGCGGAAGAAAGACCGCAAGUGGUGGCAGCUCGAGGGGACAGCAUCAUAGCUGUUGCGAAUCCCGCUCUCCAACCACCGCCGCCGCCCCAUCCCGCGAGGAACCACUCCAACUGACCAUAGUGCCUACGACUUCAGGAAAAGAAUAACAUAAGAAACAGAGCAUUCAAAGAUGGAUUGAUGUUUUUAUCGUGCUUAUUGAAGUCCUUGUCAAAGAGACAGUAUGAUAGCUACUAUCAGACCCUGCCCUGUAAUGAACCUCAAACAGACCAUUGUGCCUAAGAUCUUAGGCAAAUCAUUUUAUGGGGAGGUACUUAGGAGAGAAUCUUAGCAAAGAACAGUGUUUCUCCGUGGCGAAAUCUGCAUUCCAUCCACCAACAUCGGACCCAACAACCAUAUGUUGAGGCUGAUAAUUUAACUGGAAAUCUCUAUUUAAUCGGCGAAGAAAUUGUAACACUGCUAUCAAAAAGACUUGUGAAGAAAAUUUAUUUUAUCAUGGCUGUGGUGAAUCCUGGCGAUUUCGACGAAUAAAAUGUACUCUGAAAGAUAAAUGUACCUAUCAACUGAACUGCGUUGAAUUGGUGGAAACGGGUGAACAAAGAGUUUUCCCGCUGAGAUCGGCCAACCACUGGACUGCCACUGACCUAACAAGACACCUUUGCUAUGGACAAUACUGUUCCCAAUAUGUAAUUCGAGAGAUAAAGGCCCUGAAAAAUACUUUGGAGAAAGCAAAGACUUGUUUAGAGAAACAAUGUGGAGAAAAUAAAACAAUGAAUUAGACAGCAACCACCGCCGCCACCCCAUCCUGCGAGGAACGAACGAGGAAUGAAUUAAAAUGAAAGAAAUAUCGCUAUCGGCGAAUAAAUCGUGAAGACCGGAAGCAUGCCCAUACAAAAUUUAGUUCCUUGAAUAUUGCGCCAUGUUAUAAUAGUACAUUGUGCAACAAAGGGAGGAAGUUGAAUAUUACUAACGAGAGUAAGUUAAAUCGCGACGGCUUUCUGCC